AUGAUACUGCCCAUUCGUCAUGACACAAGCACGACAAGCCCGCCCCAGCCCAAGCACAGGUGCUUCAUCGUCUUAUACUUUGCCUCAUUAGAUUGCGACAUUGCAAAUCGCAAGCCUCGCAUGCCAGCUCUCCGCGAUCUUCGUUGUGUACCUAUCCGUACCUCUCAUGCCCCUCUGCCUUUAUCAUUCUGUCUCAAUUCCACGUCCGUCUAA